AUGCCCAACAAGCGUAAGGGGAGCGUCUCGCGGAGAACAGAACAGCGUGUAGUGGAGGAGGACGCUCUCUCGCAAGGUAGCAAUGCUAGUAGCACUAGCAACAUGGAAGACGAACCAAAGAUAGGAAGUGGUGAUGGUGCCAACUUUGAUCUAAUCUUAAAAGAGCUCCGUGAGUUCAGACGGGAGAACAAGGAGCAGUUCGACAAUAUAAGAGAGGACAUAAACGGCAUCGCCAAGAGGAUGGACGAAGCGGAGGAACGAAUAAUGGAGGCGGAGACUAGCAUACAGGCUUCGGAGGAUGCUACUGGAGUUAGCAAAGCUCCAAACCCAAGUUGA